GAGGAUGAGGAGGAAGAAGUGGGGAGGUUGGUGAGGAAGAGGGGGGAAGAAUUGAAUAUUAUGGACCUCACCAGCGCAGCGUGUAUAGAAGCUGCUGAGCUCUAUGGGUCAAGCGCUCUAUGGGCCAAGCGCUCUAAGUGAAGCUCAAAUGGACCAGUUUUUGAACACUGCUGGAGGGAAGGCCAUCCCCAAGAAGCCAAGGAAGAAGUCAAGGACUUCAGCCAAACAAGUGGAUGAGGGGAGGGUUGGGAAGGAGGUGGUACCCUUAGCAUCAGCUGAGACGGAGGAGGAGCCUCCUCCUGUUGAGCUGAACCCUGAGCUCAGACGGUUGGAGGAGGGGGCUGAGGUACGAGCUCCUGGUAAGGGAAAGGGCCCUGUUUCUCCUGUGGUGCCUCAGAGCAGCCUGUUCGAGGCGAAGAAUGUAAUGGGGGCUAGGUGGUUCAUCAACAGCACCUUCCCCGAGGUGGACAAGUGCAACGCCCGGGAGGAAGCUCUGAGGUAUGGAGGAGCAUCUGUGGUGAAGCAUGUUCUUGAGAGCGCGAGCUGGGUGAAUGGUCUAGCCCAGGAGUUUAGGGAGAGUAUAAAGAAGCGCGCACUCUUGCAGAGGCAGUGUGACCAACUGCGGAAGGAGAAGGAGGAGUUGGAGAAGAAGAAUAAAAAUCUGCAAGAGUCUCUGGAUGAGGUGGUUCCAACUGUGAAGCAGUUGGAACAGGAGAGGUCUUCUCUGGGCACCAAGCUCGGCUUUGAAGAGACAAAGCGAAAGAUCGCUGAAAGCGAGCGUGAGGCUCAGGCAAAAGAAACGAAGCUGGUGACAGAGGCGUUCAAGGAGCUGAAGGGGAACAUGCAGAAGUUGGUGCACAAUGGGAUGAAGGAGCACAUCAGCAACUUCAUCAGUUCCAGCUCGUUUGACAGCAUCGUCAACCUGUACCGGCUGCCCACUACUAUCAUCGCCUUCACAGACUGCAGAAAGAAGGUGAAGGCUGCAUAUCCCGAAGUGGAUGUGACAAAGGUCACCUUCGGCGAGCAAGAAGAAGGAGUGGAGGAAGAUGGUGAGAGCAUGUCAGCAGACUUCCGUCCUCAGAUCAAACUGAGGUGGUCGGAUGAUGCAGACGGUCUUGCUGUUUUUCCUCCACAGUUCGACUUCAAGUUCGUUGCAGUGGAGGAAGAAGGAGCAGAGGUAGAGGGAGACGGAGUGGAGGUAAGAGUGGAAGGAACUGGAGUGGGUGAUAGUCAAUCGAUUCCAGAAGUGGAGAUUCACCCAGUUCCCUCCGACGAUGAGGAGCCUCCUCUGCCAAACGAGCAGCAGCCUGCACAGCCACCUCUUCCAGCUGAGAAAGAGCCAGUGGAGCCACCUCUCCCAGAAGAAUAAUUUGCUUGUUGCUGUUUAAUUUUUUAACGUUUUGUAAAGACAGUUACAGCUUGUAUUCUUUAUUUUGACUGAAAUGAAAGUUUAUAUUUGAAAUCAUAUGUUUGUUUAUAUUUGCUUUACAUUUUUGGUAUUAUUGUUUAUGAAUAAAAGAAUUGUGGGUAC